AUGGCCAGUUGGUACGAGACGAAUAACGAGAAAAGAGAUGAUCUCGGGGGCUGGUGGUACAUUUACGUCGACCAGAUCGUCAACGGCAAGGCGGUCGAGACGCUGCAGGAGGCCUUCGGUGAGGCCGGUACCAAGUUCCAGGCUGGCCAACGGGGCUGUAUUCGAUCGGGCUCGGACACGUUCGGUAAGCUCAAGGACAACCCUUUCAUGAAGAGUGCCGAAACCAUGCUGGAGAUGUACGAGGACGCGAUGGACAAGGCGGAGAUUGGUCAGGUCGUUGCGUGGGGCGGAACGAAGAGCGCGAAAGACAUCAGCAUGUUGAUUUUUUUCAAGCGCUAG